UAUAUAAAUAUCUUUAUUUAUAUCAAUAAUCUUUCAGUAGUCUUAUGUGUUUCAUGGCAAGGGGCACUUAAUCGUAGGCUUGCCAAAACUAACCCUCAUGUUCAUAGAUGUUUAAUAAUUUUCACAUCCAGAAAUAUAACAUUCAGCAAGGAAAAGGCAGAAUUGUGGCUUAGCAAGACAUACCCAUGGACCCAAUUCUGUCUUUUUCCCCCUGCUACCAGAAAUCCACAAGAACCUGCCCCUUCUGAACCCACAUGCAGCCUACAAUAUCCAGUGACGUAACUAGAUGUUACUUAGUCCCACAACAAAUUCAGUUUAUGGCCUCCAACAUAUCCAGAAGUUGUCCCAUUUUACAUAUGUAUAUUGAACUUUCUCAUUAAUUAGGGCCUUAUUGGGCCUCUUAAAUCUCUUGGGCUCCCUGCAACCGCAGGGUCUGCUUCCUCUGUAGUUUUGCCCCUGCAGGUAAGCAUAAAGUUAGUUUCCAUGAUAGAACUUGUGGGUUUUAGGCACAACCACCCUCAGCUGCAUUCUAAUACUUUAUAUUCCACUAACCCUCCUUGUGUACUUGCUGACUCUUUUUCUUAUCAUAGCUAGGCGCUAAAUAAGUUGCGGAAGUUAUGGAAACCAUUAAUUAACUCAGGAACGGUUCCUAUUGCAGGGCAAGAAUUCAAUGCCUUUAUUAUACAUGAUACCCAACAGUUGCCUAGAGCUUGGCCCAUUGAGACACUGUGACUACUUCUGAGCUUGUUAUGGAACCCUUUUCUGAAGAACAUUCCAAGUAGAUAUGUCAUUAGUCUAAUCAUCUUGUUUCAUUAGAAAAACCACAGUCGUUAGCAAUAUCUCUGGCGUUAAUGAGAAUCAUUAUGAUCCUUAGACGUGUUUGGCCCAAACAUCUGUAAGUCUGAAAGAAUCCUCGCUAAAUUCCACUAGUGACCAGCUCCUUGUUAACUCCAGGUUACUCAACAGAAUAUCUAAUCAGAGGAGCAGCACAAUAGAAUCAAAGAAAAGCUUGUGCAUUAGGGUCUGACGAGCCUCCCUUUGUAGCCAGGAGACGUCUCACAACCAAUGUCAUUAAAGCCCGUGCCUUCUUUUGUAGCAAGAGCCACCACGGCUUGUGGCAAAUACUGCCUCCCAAAAUAGAUGUCCUGUGACACAAACUACAGAAAAAUGUCAUAUAUAUAAGGCAGGGAGAGAAGUUGGGAUCUCAGAAGCUUCAGAAGAUUCCAGAGCGUCAAUAAGAUACCCAGAAAUAUGGAGUCUCUAACUGAUAAGGUGCACAAGACCCACUGCUGGUUGUUCCUGGUUCUUCUCUGUUCAUUGAUCUCAACAUCUCACGGUGCGCCCGACUGCUGCCGCCAGAAGACCUGUUCCUGCCGGAUAUAUGAUAUUCUCCGUGGUACUGGUAACCACGCCGCUGGCAUUCUGACCCUGGGCAAAAGAAGGAGCGAUUUCCAGACCAUGCAAAGUCGACUCCAGAGGUUGCUCCAAGGCUCUGGCAACCACGCAGCGGGGAUCCUCACCAUGGGGAGAAGGUCUCAGGAUAAAGUGGAGACCAACUGCAUCAAUGGUCUUAUGGGCAGUAGCUCCACUUCCAGCUCCCUUUCACUUCUCACAUUGCUUUGCCCUACAGCACCUGAGCCACUCAAUGGCAGCAAAGGCUUUGGGUGCCAACAAGACCCAAGUAUGUAAUUACCAAGUGACUUUUAUUGUAUCAAGAUGCACAGGGGAAGCAAGAACAAGGCAACAAGUGAAGUAAAAAUCAUGAAGGCAAGUUUUCAUUCUUCUCUCUAUCUACAGAAAUAUUCCUUGAUGUCAUCCAAUUCCCAGAAUUCCCACCCCCUAAAACAGCUGACAUUUAUCAGAUCCUGGUCCUCAAGUCUCUUUUUAUUGCUUAUUAAGAUAUCUGGCCAUCCAUGUUUUUAUAUGCAAUGAUUGGAAUAUUAAAAUUCUUCAUUUAAAGGAACAGUAACAUCAAAAAAAUGAAAGUGUUUUCAUGUAAUAAAAAUAUAAUGCAGUGUUGC